CCUCGCACUGCCAUAGCAGUUCGCACCCAUUUCGUCAAAUUUGUUUUCCCUCGCACAAAAUUAAAAUUAGGAACCCUAAAAUCUUCCAGUCCACUGUGACUCCUUGCUGCUGCAGUCUCCAGGCGUUCCAAUUAAUAGGUAUUUAUCACAUUCUCCAACUCAAUUUCAUUUUUCUGUUUUUUAUUUUCCCUAAAUUAUUAUCCUGCUUGAUACGUCAAUUUUUUCUAGGUUUUUCCCCAAUAGUUUCCCUUUACAAUUCAACACAAUUUUGCACAAAUAGUUUAGGCAUUAGAGUCACUCGAAGAAACCACGAUUCGAGGCAAUAUGAAGAAAAUAAGGCAGUGUGAGAAUGAAAAUGAUGAAAUUAAAGGAAGUGAAGACAGGCUCGGCGACUUACCCGAUUGUGUUCUCCUUCACAUUUUGUCAUUUUUGAACACCAAACAUGUCGUUCAAACUUGCGUUUUGUCUACCAGAUGGAGACAUCUUUGGAAACGUAUUCCAACUCUUAUAUUGCAUUGUUCAAAAUUUACCACUAAGAAACAUUUUACCAUAUUUGUGUCUAAGAUUUUGACUCUUCGUGAUCCCUCAACUGCACUGCACGCUCUUGAUCUUGACCGUCGGGGUGAUAUUGAGCCUCAUGUCCUUAAAAAGAUUUUAAACUAUGUUUCCUCCAAUAAGACCCAUCUCAAGGAAUUAGGAAUCUCUAUACAUGGUGAUGGUUGUCUCGUCAUGAGCUGUGUUUCUUCGUGUCAUGCUCUUACAUCUCUUAACCUUUCAAUUUACCCUAGAGGUAGUAGACGCAAUCUUAAUUAUACACCAACAUUAUUUCCAAAAUCUUUGAACUUGCCUUUAUUGACCAGCUUAGAUAUAACAAAUUUUGUCUUUUGCGGUGGUGAAAGUGAUUGUGUUGAGCCCUUUUUUGCCUUUACCAAGUUGAAUAGUUUGGUUAUUCGUAGCUGUAAUGUAAAGGAUGCUCAAAUCCUCAUCAUAUCAAGUGACACACUUGCCAAUUUAGCAAUAAAUAGUUCUGUGAAAAAAAUAAAUUCAGCUAUGCAAAAUAAUUCAACCAACUUUCCCGAAAUCAAGGAAAAUAAUCCAUCCAACUUUGUUGAAAUCAAGCUAUCUACUCCAAAUCUUCGUUCCUUUAAUUUUGCUGGUCACCUUAUUCAAAAGAUAAGUGGGAGCGGACUUUCUUCAGUUAGAAAAGUAAAUAUCAAUGAUUUGCGACAAUUUCAUGCUUUGGCGGGGCAUGGUUUGGUUCUAUUCAGCUGGCUGCUUGACUUUGCCAAUGUAGAAUCAUUGACAGUCACUUCAACUACUCUUCAGAUUCUCUCCUUAGUUCCUGAUUUAUUCGAGGUUAAACUCCCUUCUUUAUGCAACUUGAAGUUGUUGGAAGUAGAAUUGAUACCACUUUAUGAUGGAUCUUUAUCACAAUCAAUUGAAGAUUCCAUGUUAGAGAAAGCUGCUGCCAAGUCUUGUAAAGAAGUUGCUAAGUUAAGAAAGGCAUUUAAUGCAGGUUUGGUUCCACCUGCCAUACCUGAUGGAAUGGUUGACUUCUUACGGCAAAACUCGCCGUCGGCGGUAGUUAACAUCUCAACUUAUUUCCCAGAUCAUUUUAAUCUUAAGCAGGUUGAAGAAUCUAUAAAGGGAGCAAAGAUUGUCAAGUAUCGCUCGCGAUACGCUGCACCUGGCUCCUCCUCUAUUGCACCUGCUUCUGCCCCUGCUCCCUCUUCUGUUUCUGUGCCUGCCUCUGCUGCACCUCCCAACCUUCAUCUCUGUUGUGCUGACAAGGAUGAUAAAUCAUCAUAUGAAGAUAAGGUGUAGAAGCAUCAACGUAACACCAACUCUUCACUUCUUGAUGAUGGGAAGUGAGGAGUUCUCAUCUUACCUUACAAGUUACAAUGCCUUCUCUGCGAACCUUUCUUUGACGAUGGGCAGUGAAGAGUUCCCAUCUUACCUUAAAAGUGUUGUUUGAUUUGACAAGCAUUAGUUCACAUUAUGUCUCAGAUACUACGUGCCAAUUCUAUGUGUAUGGCUCUGUAUAUGAACAUGGGCCUUUUGUUUGUGGGAGCCUUAUGAAUCAUUUAGUUGCUACCGGACGUUGUUUAUUGUUUAUACUUUAUAGACAACUUUUAGUUGUGUUAUAAUUUUAUUUUUCCUAA